AUGGCAUGCGUGCUCCUCUUCAGUCGACUUUUCCCCCUCUCACACCGGCUCACAAGGACAUCCAUUUGCUUAUUAUCCCUUUUCCUUUCAUAUUUGUGCUACUGUGCACUAUUCCCUGCCGAUGCCAUCAUGCCAAAGUCAGGUGAGCCGACGCCGGGCUGUCAGCGCGUCCUGAGCGAUGGAGCCAAAAGGCGCCUCCAGAAAUCCCUCUCCUGCGUUCUGCCGUUGGAGGCGAGGCCGAGCAGCGUUGAGGCAUCCCGGCCGAAAGCCGACCAAAGACCCUCUUCGACUCUCCACACCGUCAGGAACGACACGCCCAGCCCCCCGAUGGGUAAUUUAAAGUUUGGGAACAAAAAGUUACCCAACGCCAUCAUAGUUGGUGUGAAAAAGGGAGGGACGAGAGCUGUUCUGGAGUUCAUCAGAAUCCACCCUGAUGUGCGCGCGGCUGGCACCGAGACACACUUCUUCGACAGGAACUAUGACAGAGGCCUGGAGUGGUACAGAGGUUUAAUGCCAAGGACUCUCGAAGGCCAAAUCACAAUGGAGAAGACACCAAGCUACUUUGUGACAAAAGAAACACCGCACCGGAUCUCUGCCAUGUCCCAAAAUACCAAACUCAUUGUGGUGGUGCGAGACCCCGUCACUCGUGCAAUAUCAGAUUACACUCAGACUUUAUCCAAAACUCCCGACCUGCCGAGCUUCCAGGAGCUGGCCUUCAGAAACCAGUGCCUGGGCGUUGUGGACACGUCUUGGAACGCCAUUCGGAUCGGCCUGUACGCUCUGCACCUUGAGAACUGGCUCCGCUACUUCCCUCUGGCUCAGAUCCACUUUGUGAGCGGAGAGCGUCUUAUCACAGACCCAGCAGGGGAGCUGGCUCGGGUGCAAGACUUUCUGGGGUUAAAGCGCAUUGUCACAGAUAAACACUUCUAUUUCAACCGCACCAAGGGGUUCCCUUGCCUUAAGAAGCCGGAGAGCAGCAGCUUGCCCCGCUGCCUGGGCAAGUCCAAAGGCAGAACUCAUGCGCAGAUAGACAGAGAUGCUAUUGAGCAAUUGCGAGACUUCUAUAGACCUUACAAUGUCAAGUUUUAUGAAAUGGUGGGUCAUGAUUUUAAGUGGGAGUAAAGGUUUGAGACAUAUUUUUAAGUAGUAUAAGAAAGAUUUAUGUAUUCCACGAAUGUUCUUGCAGAAGUGGUUUGCCUACAGUAAUAUUUCAUGGUUAAGGCGGAUCGCUAACUAUCAGCAGUCUCCAAUUUGUCUGAAAAAAAAAGCGAAAAAAAGGAAAAAGCAGUAUUAUUCUUUGAUGUGACACUAAUGAAAAGAGCAAAAUCCAAGACCACAUCGCUUUUGCACUUGUAAUGAUCAGUUACCGGCUGGCAUCAGCAUCCUGUUUGUUGCUAGAUAGUCCUCAUUUCAGUUUCAGGAUCACAUGAUUUAUGUUCCUGUUACUAUAUAAUAUUGCUGACUGGAUUCCCCAUUCGCUGACUGGUUUAUAAAAAAGAAAAGAAAAAAAGGGAAAAUUCCAGGGAAUGGGAUUAGUUUCUCUUAAAACCUGCUUCACUAAUCAAGGCAGGGUUUGAAAGUAAGACCUUGGAAAAUGUCAGUGAAGUCUUCAGGGAGAGUAGAAUUAAGCUGCAGCACUGUGGUGGUAAAUCCAAAAUGUAAAGCCAUAACACAAGUGUGAACUACCUAAUGUUACUAACUGUUGGUCUCAUCAGUUUCUAUACAGAGUGAUUUUUCUUUCAUUCUUUCCAGCAUGAAUCAGAUAAGUUCGUGGGCUCUAACAUGCAGCACUUCACUUUGUACUUGCAAAAUCCCUGUUUAUAUUUUUGUUACAUAUUUAAUCACUGCUUU